UAAUGUCACCUGUCAAUGUUAAAUCGAUUUUGUGAACUGAAUAUGGAUCUACACAGUUUUUGUUAGCUUACGUGUUUAUUUUUUAAUAAUCUUUGUACUCAAUUUUGUUAUAUCAAAACUUGUUUUCGUAAUAAAACAUGUCUUGCUUGGAAAAAGAACGAAAACCAAUGGUACCCGUUAAAAAUUUGGAUGUUAUAUUCAGAAGACGGUACGUACCCAAUACGCAAUAUUACUUUGCUAAUAGAAAACAUGCCCUUAAUGAAGUCAAAGAAAGGCCUGACCGUAGUCGGCCCUUCAGAGUGCCGCGUUCAGAAAAACUAUUGUCAUAUAUAAAAUAUAGUGAGCGGAAAGAAAAAUUAAAUGAUCUGCAUAGACUGAAAUUGCCGGUGCGUUUUAAAGAUAAUUUGAAAAUAGCAGCAUCCAGAGAUAUAUCAAGAAGACUCUUCGUACCCGAACCCCUCGAUGAUGUUAGAGCUGUAGUUGAGAUACAUCCUGAGUUCUACAAAGUUAUUGAAGGUCGUCCUACGCGAUGCUUAGACGAUAUUAAAGUCUACGUCAAUAAUAUUCGGGCUUAUGCUAUGAAUCGACAACAAAUAGGAUAUCGACGUGACUUGGUCAUGAAAAUACAAGAAAAUGCUGUGGAAGAAACUGUACAGUACGAGCGUAUAGUAGAAAAAUUGAAAGAGCACAUUAAGAACUUUGAAAAGUUUUUGACUGAAGAUUAUAAAAAUGCUUGCAACAAAGUAUCCAAAGCUGAGAAAGUUUACAGUGAUUUGCUAUCAAAAAACUCAGAGUUUCUUGCUUACAUAUCCUCACUGACAAUAUUGAGUAACGUUCUAUUUAAAUUAGACGCUAUUCGAAGUGUCUUAAAAGUUUACAGAAGUUUCUUAAUUUUUAUCGCCCCGAUCUCAUGGCGGCAACAAAACGAUGAAAAUUUGAGAGGUAAAAUACAGUCGAUACAGUUUGAGUCUGGAAUAUUCGUUACUGAUAACGAUUUAGUUGAAUCGCUGGAUAUUGAUAAAAUGAUUGAAUUUGCUAAAAAUGAACUUAGUAAUCCACAGCCAGCAACAUUGUACUUUAAAAAACCCGAGGAAUUAAAGUACUUGUUUAGAACAAUGGAGAUACAAAGUAGAGAAUAUUUGACACAGUUAUCAAAAACCGAUGCCCCUAAUCGAUUGUUACAAGAACGUAUGAAGCAAUUAAAACAAGCUACUAAACAGGAAUUAGAUUAUUUUCAGUUCUACAUCGAUAGCAUUAAUAAGGAAAUCGAAAGGGAAAGGUAUAACGAAACCUACUUACAAGACAAGUUUUUUCGAAUAUUAAAUGAAACUUUUUUCGAAAACGUCGCCAGUCCUAGUACACUAAAACUUAAAAUUUGUGUUGAGUAUGUUUACGAAGAAAUAUUUGGUAAAUGCGAGGAAGGCCAUCAGAGUCUACAUGAUCCCAUGAAGAUUUUAGAAGUAAUGUAUGAAGAUUACAAUUUACGCCUGGACUCCUUAGAUUUUAAAAUAGUGAAUACGGCCCGUAGUGACUUUUUCAGUCAAGAUUUGAAGAUUAUGAAAAAUGCGUAUAAAGCUCAAAGAGAAUUAAGGUCUUUUUGGGAAAUGAAAAGUGCUAUGAACAAAGCAUUUUUAGAACCGCGUAAAUACACCAGACCGGUUCUCAAAAAGUUUUUGGAUAAAAAGACUAGGUUAGCGUUAUUGAUCGCUGAAAAGAAAAAAUACCAACUGGAAACCGGGGAAUGUAAUAAAAAGAAAAAAUACAAGUUGUCACCUGAAGAAAAAGAGGGUUUACUGUUUUUUACGGAAUGGUGUGAAGGUUUGAAUCCAGCCCCAUAUUUAGCUGAAUAUUACAAAUUUAUUAAGCCGGCCUUAGAAUGGGUACCUCGUUCUUCCGUUUUCCCUUGAUAUCUAUUAGAAUAUGUUUUUAAUAAAAAUAUUUUGUUUAUAUCUCUUUUAUAAAUCUUAUAUAAAUAUAUAAACUGUAGAAUAUUUUGUAUGACGUGACUAAUAAAUCGAGAUGGUUUCUAUUA